CUCUUACGUCUUUCCCUUUGACAAGUCGCCGCCGCUGCAGCAAAAAAUAAAGGACGAGGCCCCCGCCGCCGCCGCCACCGCCGGGCUGGGGUCUCCGGAGCCGCGCCCCACGCCCGCCGACUCGCCGCCGACUCGCGCACGUCUUGGAAUCGGUCACUUCCCGAAAGAGCUCUGGUUCCUUUGAUUAGAGAAUAGAAUUUAAAUCAAGAGUUGGAUGCCAGGUAUCGUUCCUGGGUGAUGUUCUUAGGCCUUCAGAAAACAGAACUAAUGGCUGAAGAGUAAAUCACCAUGGCAACUAUGGUUCCACCAGUGAAACUGAAAUGGCUUGAACACCUGAACAGCUCCUGGAUUACAGAGGACAGUGAAUCCAUUGCCACCAGAGAGGGAGUUGCUGUCCUCUAUUCUAAACUAGUCAGCAAUAAGGAAGUAGUACCUCUGCCCCAACAAGUUUUGUGCCUCAAAGGACCACAGUUGCCAGACUUUGAACGCGAGUCUCUUUCCAGCGAUGAGCAGGACCACUAUUUGGAUGCGCUUCUCAGCAGCCAGCUAGCCCUGGCCAAGAUGGUGUGUUCUGACUCCCCCUUUGCCGGGGCGCUCCGAAAGCGGCUGCUUGUCCUCCAGCGUGUCUUUUAUGCACUUUCUAAUAAGUACCACGACAAAGGCAAAGUGAAACAGCAGCAGCAUUCUCCGGAGAACAGCUCUGGCUCAGCUGAUAUCCAUUCUGUUAGUGAACGGCCCCGGUCAAGCACUGAUGCACUUAUAGAAAUGGGUGUGCGAACUGGUCUGAGCUUACUGUUUGCGCUUCUACGGCAAAGUUGGAUGAUGCCUGUCUCAGGACCUGGUCUCAGUCUUUGCAACGAUGUAAUUCAUACUGCAAUAGAAGUUGUGAGCUCUUUGCCGCCGUUAUCACUAGCCAACGAAAGCAAGAUACCUCCGAUGGGCUUGGACUGCUUAUCCCAAGUAACAACAUUUCUUAAAGGAGUGACUAUUCCCAACUCUGGGGCAGACACGUUAGGUCGCCGGCUAGCCUCUGAGCUACUGCUUGGUUUAGCAGCUCAGCGAGGCUCGUUGCGGUAUCUUCUUGAGUGGAUAGAAAUGGCUUUGGGAGCUUCAGCAGUUGUAAAUUCCAUGGAGAAGAACAAGCUACUGUCAGGCCAGGAAGGAAUGAUCAGCUUUGACUGCUUCAUGUCUAUAUUAAUGCAGAUGAGGCGUUCUUUGGGUUCAUCAGCUGAUCGGAGUCAGUGGAGGGAACCAACCAGAACAUCUGAUGGCCUGUGCUCACUCUAUGAGGCGGCUUUGUGUCUCUUUGAAGAGGUCUGCAGAAUGGCUUCUGAUUACUCAAGAACAUGUGCGAGCCCAGAUAGCAUCCAGACUGGCGAUGCUCCCAUUGUCUCGGAAACCUGUGAGGUGUAUGUCUGGGGGAGUAACAGCAGCCAUCAGUUAGUCGAAGGAACACAGGAGAAAAUAUUACAGCCCAAACUGGCUCCUAGUUUCUCUGAUGCUCAGACGAUUGAAGCUGGACAAUACUGCACUUUUGUCAUUUCUACAGAUGGCUCUGUCAGAGCUUGUGGUAAAGGCAGCUACGGUAGACUGGGCCUUGGAGAUUCUAAUAAUCAGUCCACGUUAAAAAAGUUAACAUUUGAGCCUCACAGGUCCAUUAAAAAGGUUUCCUCUUCUAAAGGAUCUGACGGUCAUACUUUAGCUUUUACAACGGAAGGAGAAGUCUUCAGUUGGGGAGAUGGUGAUUAUGGGAAACUGGGACAUGGAAAUAGUUCAACACAGAAAUAUCCCAAACUUAUCCAGGGCCCUCUGCAAGGAAAGGUAGUUGUUUGUGUGUCAGCUGGAUACAGACAUAGUGCGGCAGUCACGGAAGAUGGCGAAAUAUACACGUGGGGUGAAGGAGACUUUGGAAGACUAGGUCAUGGUGACAGUAACAGCCGGAACAUUCCAACUUUGGUGAAGGACAUUAGCAAUGUAGGUGAGGUUUCCUGUGGCAGUUCACACACUAUCGCUUUAUCUAAAGAUGGGAGAACUGUCUGGUCUUUUGGAGGAGGAGACAAUGGCAAGCUUGGCCAUGGUGACACCAACAGAGUAUAUAAACCUAAAGUUAUUGAGGCUUUACAAGGAAUGUUUAUUCGCAAAGUUUGUGCUGGGAGCCAAUCUUCACUUGCUUUGACGUCAACAGGCCAGGUCUACGCGUGGGGCUGUGGAGCUUGCCUAGGCUGUGGCUCUUCAGAAGCUACUGCUUUAAGGCCCAAACUCAUUGAAGAACUGGCUGCCACAAGAAUAGUUGAUAUUUCCAUUGGAGACAGUCAUUGUUUGGCGCUUUCUCAUGACAAUGAAGUCUAUGCCUGGGGUAAUAACUCAAUGGGACAGUGUGGCCAAGGAAAUUCCACAGGUCCUAUUACUAAACCAAAGAAAGUGAGUGGGUUGGAUGGCAUUGCUAUUCAACAGAUUUCAGCUGGAACCUCACAUAGUCUUGCAUGGACUGCUCUUCCUAGGGACAGACAAGUUGUUGCCUGGCACCGGCCUUACUGUGUAGAUCUUGAAGAGAGCACCUUCUCACACCUACGUUCUUUUCUUGAGAGAUACUGUGAUAAAAUAAAUAGCGAAGUCCCCCCACUCCCUUUCCCUUCUUCAAGGGAACACCACAAUUUCCUCAAGCUGUGCCUGAAGCUGCUUUCAAACCAUCUCGCCCUUGCACUUGCCGGAGGGGUGGCCACCAGCAUUCUUGGGAGACAGGCUGGUCCACUUCGAAAUUUGCUCUUCAGACUAAUGGACUCAACUGUUCCAGAUGAAAUCCAAGAGGUGGUAAUUGAAACACUGUCAGUGGGAGCAACUAUGUUACUACCUCCUUUACGAGAACGAAUGGAAUUACUUCAUUCUCUUUUGCCCCAAGGACCUGAUAGAUGGGAAAGCUUAUCUAAAGGACAGAGGAUGCAACUGGAUAUCAUUCUGACAAGCCUGCAGGACCAUACCCAUGUCGCCUCGUUGCUUGGCUACAGUUCCCCCUCCGAUGCUGCUGACCUCUCUUCUGUGUGCACCGGCUACGGAAGCCUGUCAGAUCAGCCCUAUGGCACUCAGAGCUGCCAUCCAGACACCCACCUGGCUGAAAUCUUGAUGAAGACUCUCUUAAGAAAUUUAGGGUUUUAUACAGAUCAGGCAUUUGGAGAGCUAGAAAAGAAUAGUGAUAAAUUUCUACUUGGAACAUCAUCAUCUGAGAACAGCCAGCCUGCUCAUCUUCAUGAACUGCUGUGCUCACUGCAGAAACAGCUCCUGGCGUUUUGCCAUAUUAAUAACAUUAGUGAGAACUCCAGCAGUGUGGCAUUGCUUCACAAGCAUCUUCAACUCUUGUUGCCUCACGCUACAGACAUUUAUUCACGUUCUGCAAAUCUGCUCAAAGAAAGUCCAUGGAACGGCAGUGUUGGUGGAAAAUUAAGAGAUGUGAUAUACGUCUCAGCUGCAGGCAGUAUGCUCUGCCAGAUUGUUAACUCCCUACUGUUACUCCCUGUGUCAGUGGCUCGGCCUUUACUGAGUUACCUCCUCGACUUGUUGCCACCUCUUGAUUGCCUUAAUAGACUCCUGCCAGCUGCUGCUCUUUUAGAAGACCAAGAGUUACAGUGGCCUCUUCAUGGAGGACCAGAACUGAUUGAUCCUGCAGGCCUGCCAUUGCCCCAGCCAGCCCAAGCCUGGGUUUGGCUUGUGGAUCUGGAAAGAACAAUUGCUCUCCUUAUUGGGCGGUGCCUUGGUGGAAUGCUUCAGGGCUCCCCUGUAUCUCCGGAGGAACAGGACACUGCAUAUUGGAUGAAAACACCACUUUUCAGUGACGGUGUAGAGAUGGACACCCCUCAGCUAGAUAAAUGCAUGAGUUGCUUAUUAGAAGUAGCUCUCUCAGGAAAUGAAGAACAGAAGCCUUUUGAUUACAAACUGCGGCCUGAAAUUGCUGUCUAUGUAGACUUGGCCUUGGGUUGUUCCAAAGAGCCUGCACGGAGCCUGUGGAUCAGCAUGCAGGACUAUGCUGUCAGCAAAGAUUGGGACAGUGCAACUUUAAGUAAUGAGUCACUCUUGGACACUGUGUCUAGAUUUGUUCUUGCAGCUCUUCUGAAACAUACAAAUUUACUUAGUCAAGCAUGUGGAGAAAGCCGAUACCAGCCUGGUAAAUGCUUAUCAGAAGUAUAUCGCUGUGUAUAUAAAGUUCGGAGUCGUUUACUAGCUUGCAAGAACCUUGAACUCAUUCAAACCAGAUCUUCAUCACGAGACAGAUGGAUCUCAGAAAACCAGGACUCUGCAGAUGCUGACCCUCAGGAGCACUCGUUCACUCGGACCAUUGAUGAAGAGGCUGAAAUGGAAGAACAGGCUGAGCGAGACCGGGAGGAGGGGCAUCCGGAGCCUGAAGAUGACGAGGAAGAGAGGGAACAUGAAGUGAUGACAGCUGGCAAGAUCUUUCAGUGUUUCCUCUCAGCCCGUGAAGUGGCACGUAGCCGAGAUCGAGAUAGAAUGAACAGUGGGGCAGGGUCUGGGGCUCGGGCUGAUGACCCACCUCCUCAGUCUCAGCAAGAGCGAAGGGUCAGCACAGACCUUCCUGAGGGUCAGGAUGUGUACACUGCCGCCUGCAACUCUGUGAUCCACCGCUGUGCCCUGUUGAUCCUGGGAGUGAGCCCUGUGAUCGACGAGCUCCAGAAGCGAAGGGAAGAAGGACAGUCACAGCAGCCUGCAGCCAGCACUUCUGAAGGGGGUGGCCCUAUGACCAGGAGUGAAAGUCUUACUGCGGAGAACCGGCUAGUCCACGCCAAUCCAAAUUACAGACUGAUCAAGUCAAGGAGUGAGUCUGAUUUGUCUCAGCCUGAAUCAGAUGAAGAGGGUUAUGCACUGAGUGGAAGAAGAAAUGCUGAUUUGGACUUGGCUUCAUCUCAUAGAAAAAGAGGUCCGCUGCACAGUCAGUUGGAAUCCCUGAGCGACUCCUGGGCUCGUUUGAAACAGAGCAGAGACUGGUUGUGCAACUCCUCUUAUUCCUUUGAGUCUGAUCUCAACCUUACCAAGUCUCUGGGAGUUCACACUUUGAUUGAGAAUGUUGUAAGCUUUGUAAGUGGAGAUGUGGGGAAUGCCCCAGGCUUUAAAGAACCAGAGGAAAGUAUGUCUACGAGUCCCCAGGCCUCCAUCAUUGCAAUGGAACAGCAGCAGUUAAGGGCAGAACUCCGUCUAGAGGCGCUUCACCAGAUCCUUGUUCUCUUGUCUGGAAUGGAGGAAAAAGGCGGCAUCUCUCUGGCAGGGAGCCGGUCAAGCUCCGGCUUCCAGUCAUCCACCCUGCUCACGUCUGUGAGGCUGCAGUUUCUGGCAGGGUGUUUUGGUUUAGGCACUGUUGGGCACGCAGGAACCAAGGGAGAGAGUGGCCGACUGCAUCACUAUCAGGAUGGGAUCAGAGCAGCUAAAAGAAGUAUUCAGAUUGACAUCCAGUUGGCUGUGCAUAAGAUCUACCAACAACUGUCCGCUACCCUGGAGAGAGCCUUGCAAGCAAACAAGCACCACAUUGAAGCCCAGCAGCGUCUCCUUUUGGUGACAGUUUUUGCCCUGAGUGUUCAUUAUCAACCAGUGGAUGUUUCUUUGGCCAUUUCCACGGGGCUGCUAAAUGUGCUGUCACAGUUGUGUGGCACAGACACCGUGCUUGGACAGCCCCUGCAGCUGCUGCCGAAGACGGGCGUCUCCCAGCUCAGCACAGCUUUGAAGGUGGCUAGUACGAGGCUGCUGCAGAUCCUCGCCAUCACCACAGGGACCUAUGCUGAUAAGCUGAGCCCCAAAGUAGUGCAGUCCCUGUUGGACCUUCUCUGUAGUCAGCUGAAGAAUUUGCUUUCCCAAGCUGGUGUGUUGUUGAUGGCCUCUUUUGGUGAGAGGGAUGAAGAGAACGAAGAAGAAAAAAAAGUUGACUCCAGUGGAGAAACCGAGAAAAGGGAUUUUAGAGCUGCCCUCCGGAAACAACAUGCUGCUGAGCUGCAUCUGGGAGAUUUCCUGGUGUUUCUUCGCAGAGUUGUGUCUUCAAAAGCAAUCCAGUCGAAGAUGGCUUCCCCGAAGUGGACAGAAGUCCUUCUAAAUAUAGCAUCUCAGAAGUGUUCUUCAGGUAUUCCUCUGGUGGGUAACUUGAGAACAAGGCUUCUUGCACUCCACGUUCUUGAAGCUGUGCUUCCAGCUUGUGAAUCUGGCGUAGAAGAUGAUCAAAUGGCUCAGGUUGUUGAAUGUUUAUUUUCCCUCUUGUCGGAUUGUAUGUGGGAGACACCCAUUGCUCAAGCCAAACAUGCUAUGCAGAUAAAGGAAAAAGAACAAGAAAUAAAAUUACAGAAGCAAGGAGAGUUGGAGGAAGAAGAUGAAAAUCUUCCUAUACAAGAGGUAUCCUUUGACCCAGAGAAAGCCCAGUGUUGCCUAGUGGAGAAUGGACAGAUUUUAACUCAUGGCAGUGGAGGAAAAGGAUAUGGAUUGGCAUCAACUGGAGUCACUUCUGGCUGCUAUCAGUGGAAGUUUUACAUUGUGAAGGAAAACAGAGGUAAUGAAGGCACAUGCGUUGGGGUUUCCCGAUGGCCAGUCCAUGACUUUAACCACCGCACUACCUCGGAUAUGUGGCUCUAUCGGGCCUACAGUGGCAACCUCUACCACAAUGGAGAGCAGACCCUGACGCUCUCCAGCUUUACUCAAGGAGAUUUCAUUACCUGCGUGUUAGACAUGGAAGCCAGAACCAUUUCUUUUGGGAAGAACGGAGAGGAACCCAAGUUAGCUUUUGAAGAUGUUGACGCGUCAGAGUUGUACCCGUGUGUCAUGUUCUAUAGUAGCAAUCCAGGCGAAAAGGUGAAGAUUUGUGACAUGCAAAUGCGGGGAACACCUCGAGACCUACUGCCAGGAGACCCCAUUUGUAGCCCUGUAGCAACAGUGUUGGCGGAGGCCACUAUCCAGCUAAUCCGCAUCCUUCACCGAACAGACCGUUGGACUUACUGCAUUAACAAAAAAAUGAUGGAAAGGCUACACAAAAUCAAGCUGUGUGCUAAAGAAUCAGGUCAGAAGCUCAAGAAAAGCCGCUCGGUUCAAAGCCGAGAGGAAAAUGAAAUGAGAGAGGAGAAGGAGAGCAAAGAGGAAGAGAAAGGUAAACACAGCAGGCACGGCCUUGCUGACCUGUCAGAGCCACAGCUGAGAACCCUUUGCACAGAGGUGUGGCCGGUGCUGGCAGUGAUAGGAGGAGUUGAUGCCGGUCUCAGAGUUGGUGGUCGCUGCGUUCACAAGCAAACAGGACGCCAUGCUACGCUGCUGGGAGUGGUCAAAGAGGGUAGCACGUCUGCCAAGGUCCAGUGGGAUGAAGCAGAAAUUACCAUCAGCUUCCCAACUUUUUGGUCGCCUAGUGAUACUCCACUGUAUAAUCUGGAACCCUGUGACCCACUGCCGUUUGACGUGGCACGAUUCCGAGGCCUGACAGCUUCUGUGCUGCUGGACCUCACCUAUCUGACUGGCGUUCAUGAAGACAUGGGCAAGCAGAGCACCAAAAGGCACGAAAAGAAACACCGGCAUGAGUCCGAGGAGAAAGGGGACAUUGAGCAGAAAACUGAGAGUGACUCCGCGUUAGAUGUACGAGCAGGUCUGAUAACAUCUGAGGAUGCCAAAAACCAGGGGGCCUCAAGCUCCAAAUCGGAAAGCGAAAUAGCUUCCUUCUCCUUAGAUCCAACACUGCCAGGGGCAGAAACCCAGCAUCAAACAACAGAGGGGAAAAGGAAAAAUCAUGAACACACGCCCAAAAACCACGACAUAGCCCAGUCCGAAGUCAGAGCCGUCCAGCUGUCCUAUCUCUACCUCGGUGCUACGAAAUCACUUAGUGCCCUUCUGGGCUGCAGCAAAUACGCCGAGCUCUUGCUGAUACCAAAAGUCCUGGCCGAGAACGGCCACAACUCGGACUGUGCAAGCUCCCCCGUCGUCCACGAAGACGUGGAGAUGCGCGCGGCCCUCCAGUUCCUGAUGCGGCACAUGGUGAGGCGGGCCGUCACGCGGUCGCCCAUCAAGAGGGCCUUGGGCCUGGCUGAUCUGGAACGAGCCCAAGCCAUGAUUUACAAACUCGUGGUCCAUGGGCUCCUGGAAGACCAGUUUGGGGGCAAGAUCAAGCAAGAGGUUGAUCAACAAGCUGAAGAAAGUGACCAGGCCCAGCAGGCACAGACACCUGUUACCACCAGCCCGUCGGCAUCUAGCACGACUUCCUUCAUGAGCAGCUCCUUGGAGGACACCACGACUGCCACCACUCCUGUCACAGACACAGAAACAGUGCCUGCAUCUGAGUCUCCAGGAGUGAUGCCACUCAGUCUUCUCAGGCAAAUGUUCUCUAGUUACCCCACCACUACUGUACUUCCCACACGUCGAGCACAGACUCCGCCAAUAUCGUCAUUGCCAACCUCGCCUUCUGAUGAAGUGGGGAGGAGGCAGAGCUUAACCUCUCCCGAUUCCCAGUCAGCACGGCCAGCCAACCGCACAGCCUUGUCAGACCCAAGCAGUCGACUUUCAACUUCUCCUCCGCCUCCAGCAAUUGCAGUCCCCUUGCUCGAGAUGGGCUUCUCUCUCCGGCAGAUUGCCAAGGCCAUGGAAGCCACAGGGGCUCGUGGGGAGGCUGAUGCCCAGAACAUCACCGUCCUUGCCAUGUGGAUGAUAGAGCACCCUGGGCACGAGGACGAGGAGGAGCCGCAGCCAGGCGGCGCAGCGGACUCGCGGCAUGGGGCCGCGGGGCUAGGCGGCAGUGGGAAGUCGAAUGACCCCUGCUACCUGCAGUCCCCAGGAGACAUCCCCUCAGCAGAUGCUACUGAAAUGGAGGAGGGCUUCAGUGAAAGCCCUGAGAAUCUGGAUCAUGCUGAGAAUGCAGCUUCUGGAAGUGGGCCACCAGCUAGGGGUCGCUCGGCUGUGACAAGAAGGCACAAGUUUGAUCUAGCUGCUCGCACAUUGCUAGCCAGGGCAGCGGGGUUAUACCGCUCUGUGCAGGCCCACAGGAAUCAAAGUCGGAGAGAAGGAAUAUCUUUGCAACAAGACCCAGGGGCGUUGUAUGACUUUAAUUUAGAUGAGGAAUUGGAAAUUGAUCUUGAUGAUGAAGCGAUGGAAGCUAUGUUUGGACAAGACCUGACCAGUGACAAUGAUAUUCUGGGAAUGUGGAUCCCAGAGGUACUGGAUUGGCCUACCUGGCAUGUUUGUGAGUCUGAAGACAGGGAAGAAGUGGUGGUGUGUGAGCUGUGUGAAUGCAGCGUGGUCAGCUUCAAUCAGCACAUGAAGAGAAAUCACCCUGGCUGUGGGCGCAGCGCCAACCGCCAGGGCUAUCGCAGCAACGGCUCUUACGUGGAUGGCUGGUUCGGCGGUGAAUGUGGUAGUGGCAACCCCUACUACCUGCUGUGCGGCAGCUGCAGAGAGAAGUACUUAGCCCUGAAGACCAAAUCCAAGACGACAAGUUCCGAAAGGUACAAGGGACAAGCUCCAGAUCUAAUUGGCAAGCAGGACAGUGUGUAUGAAGAAGACUGGGACAUGCUGGAUGUUGAUGAAGAUGAAAAGCUCACAGGUGAAGAAGAAUUCGAAUUACUCGCAGGGCCACUUGGUUUAAAUGACCGACGCAUUGUGCCGGAGCCAGUUCAAUUCCCUGACAGUGACCCCUUGGGGGCAUCAGUGGCCAUGGUCACAGCCACCAACAGUAUGGAGGAGACCCUGAUGCAGAUAGGUUGCCACGGUUCUGUAGAGAAGAGCUCCUCCGGGAGAGUGACACUCGGUGAGCAGGCGGCUGCCUUAGCCAACCCUCACGACCGGGUGGUGGCUUUAAGGAGAGUGACUGCUGCCGCUCAGGUUCUUCUGGCCAGAACCAUGGUCAUGAGAGCACUGUCUCUUCUCUCAGUCAGUGGUUCCAGCUGUAGCCUUGCCGCAGGCCUUGAGUCUUUGGGGCUGACUGACAUCAGAACACUGGUGCGAUUAAUGUGCUUAGCUGCUGCGGGGAGAGCCGGCCUUUCCACCAGCCCGUCUGCCAUGGCCAGCCCCUCAGAGCGCUCACGAGGCAGCCACAGCAAGGCCAACAAGCCCAUCUCGUGCCUGGCCUACCUGAGCACGGCAGUGGGCUGCCUGGCAUCCAACACACCGAGUGCUGCCAAGCUUCUGGUUCAGUUGUGCACGCAGAACUUGAUUUCUGCUGCAACAGGUGUAAAUCUGACCACUGUCGAUGAUCCAAUUCAGCGGAAGUUUCUACCCAGCUUUCUCCGAGGAAUUGCAGAGGAGAAUAAGCUUGUCACCUCCCCAAACUUUGUUGUGACUCAGGCUCUUGUGGCCUUACUAGCAGACAAAGGGGCCAGAUUGAGGCCCAAUUAUGAUAAGGCAGAAGUUGAGAAGAAAGGCCCUCUGGAGCUGGCUAACGCCCUGGCGGCCUGCUGCCUCUCCUCCAGGCUGUCCUCACAGCACAGGCAGUGGGCUGCUCAGCAGCUCGUGCGCACUCUCGCUGCGCAUGACCGUGACAACCAAGCCACUCCACAAACCCUGGCUGAUAUGGGCGGAGAUCUCAGGAAAUGCUCCUUCAUCAAGCUGGAGGCUCAUCAGAACAGGGUUAUGACUUGUGUUUGGUGUAACAAGAAAGGUCUCUUGGCAACAAGUGGCAAUGAUGGCACCAUCCGUGUAUGGAGUGUCACCAAGAAGCAGUAUUCAUUGCAACAGACGUGCGUCUUCAACAGACUAGAAGGGGAUGCUGAAGAAAGCCUGGGGUCGCCCAGUGAUCCAAGUUUCUCACCUGUUUCCUGGAGCGUCAGUGGCAAAUAUCUGGCUGGGGCUUUGGAAAAGAUGGUGAACAUCUGGCAAGUUAAUGGUAAGAGCCAUGUAAUUACCAAUAACCAACUGAAGGAUUCUCUUGUCAGUAUGAAAUGGGAUCCCACAGGCCGUAUUCUUAUGACAUGUGCCAAAGAAGAGAAUGUGAAACUCUGGGGGCCUGUCUCAGGAUGCUGGCACUGUCUGCACUCACUGUGUCACCCAUCGACUGUGAAUGGCAUCGCUUGGUGCAGCCUCCCGGGGAAGGGAGCCAAGUUGCAUUUGUUGAUGGCCACUGGCUGUCAGAGUGGCUUAGUGUGUGUUUGGUGUAUCCCACAAGACACCACCCAGACCAGCGUUACUAGUUCAGAAGGAUGGUGGGAAUCAGAAUCAGACUGCCAGGGCGGAUACAGGACGUCACCCGCAGCCAGGUGUGUCUAUCAGCUGCGAGGACACAUCACCCCCGUGCGGACCGUCGCCUUCAGCUCUGACGGGCUGGCCCUGGUGUCAGGCGGCCUGGGUGGGCUCAUGAACAUCUGGUCUCUGAGGGAUGGAUCUGUGCUGCAAACUGUUGUGAUAGGCUCUGGAGCUAUUCAGACCACAGUGUGGAUUCCAGAAGUGGGGGUAGCUGCUUGCUCAAAUAGAUCAAAGGACGUCUUGGUCGUGAAUUGUACGGCCGAGUGGGCUGCUGCCAACCAUGUCCUAGCAACCUGUAGGACGGCACUGAAACAGCAGGGCAUUCUGGGAUUAAACAUGGCUCCCUGCAUGCGAGCAUUUCUGGAGCGGCUGCCCGUGAUGCUUCAGGAACAGUAUGCCUAUGAAAAGCCUCACGUGGUCUGUGGAGACCAGCUGGUUCAUAGCCCCUACAUGCAGUGUCUGGCCUCACUGGCCGUAGGCCUUCAUCUGGACCAGCUCCUGUGUAACCCUCCAGUGCCACCGCACCACCAGCACUGCCUCCCGGAUCCUGCGGUCUGGAGUCCCAACGAGUGGGCCUGGUUAGAAUGUUUCUCCACCACGAUAAAAGCUGCUGAAGCUCUGACCAACGGAACACAGUUUCCAGAAUCAUUUACUGUUCCGGAUCUUGAGCCCGUUCCAGAGGAUGAACUUGUGUUCCUGAUGGAUAACAGCAAAUGGAUCAACGGCAUGGAUGAACAAAUUAUGUCGUGGGCAACUUCCAGACCCGAGGACUGGCACCUGGGAGGUAAAUGUGAUGUCUACCUGUGGGGUGCUGGCAGGCAUGGACAGCUGGCAGAAGCUGGAAGAAAUGUGAUGGUACCUGCAGCCGCUCCGUCAUUCUCACAGGCACAGCAGGUCAUAUGUGGUCAGAAUUGCACCUUUGUCAUCCAGGCCAAUGGCACCGUUUUGGCUUGUGGGGAAGGAAGUUACGGCAGAUUAGGACAAGGGAAUUCAGAUGAUCUUCAUGUGCUAACAGUUAUUUCAGCCUUACAAGGCUUUGUGGUGACCCAGCUGGUGACGUCCUGUGGUUCUGACGGGCACUCAAUGGCCCUGACUGAAAGUGGUGAGGUCUUCAGCUGGGGAGACGGCGACUACGGCAAGCUCGGCCACGGGAACAGCGACAGGCAGCGGCGGCCCAGGCAGAUCGAGGCCUUGCAGGGAGAAGAAGUAGUGCAGAUGUCUUGUGGCUUCAAGCACUCAGCGGUGGUAACUUCAGAUGGAAAACUGUUUACCUUUGGAAACGGUGACUAUGGUCGUCUGGGUCUUGGAAACACCUCGAACAAAAAACUUCCAGAAAGGGUGACAGCACUGGAGGGCUAUCAGAUUGGACAGGUGGCUUGUGGCUUAAACCACACUUUGGCGGUGUCAGCUGAUGGCUCCAUGGUGUGGGCAUUUGGAGACGGUGACUAUGGAAAACUAGGCCUAGGAAAUUCAACUGCAAAAUCAUCACCUCAGAAAGUUGAUGUCCUUUGUGGAAUUGGAAUAAAGAAAGUUGCCUGUGGAACUCAGUUUUCUGUUGCACUGACCAAAGAUGGCCGUAUCUAUACCUUCGGUCAAGAUCGCUUGAUAGGCUUGCCAGAGGGCCGUGCUCGAAAUCAUAAUCGGCCACAGCAGAUCCCUGUCCUGGCCGGGGUGGUCAUCGAAGACGUGGCUGUCGGAGCUGAGCACACGCUGGCGCUGGCAUCAACUGGAGACGUGUAUGCCUGGGGGAGCAACUCGGAAGGACAGCUUGGCCUAGGCCACACCAACCAUGUUCGAGAACCGACUCUGGUGACACUUUUACAAGGAAAGAACAUCCGUCAGAUCUCAGCCGGCCGCUGUCACAGUGCAGCAUGGACCGCCCCACCUGUCCCCCCAAGAGCACCAGGCGUGUCGGUGCCCCUGCAGCUGGGCCUGCCCGACGCCGUGCCCCCGCAGUACGGGGCGUUGAGGGAGGUGAGCAUCCACACGGCCAGGGCCCGGCUGCGACUGCUGUACCACUUCUCUGACCUCAUGUACUCCUCCUGGAGGCUUCUGAACCUGAGCCCCAACAACCAGAGCAGCACGUCUCACUACAACGCCGGCACAUGGGGCAUUGUGCAGGGGCAGCUUCGGCCUCUGUUAGCCCCAAGAGUCUACACCCUCCCGAUGGUGCGCUCCAUAGGGAAGACCAUGGUGCAAGGCAAAAACUACGGGCCUCAGAUCACUGUGAAGAGGAUAUCAACCAGGGGACGAAAGUGUAAGCCCAUCUUCGUCCAGAUUGCGAGACAAGUCGUGAAACUGAACGCGUCAGACCUCCGCCUGCCCUCCCGAGCAUGGAAGGUCAAACUGGUGGGUGAAGGAGCCGAUGACGCAGGGGGCGUGUUCGAUGACACCAUCACGGAGAUGUGCCAGGAACUUGAAACUGGCAUCGUUGACCUUCUUAUACCCUCCCCCAAUGCCACUGCAGAAGUGGGUUACAACAGAGACAGGUUCCUGUUUAACCCCUCUGCCUGCCUUGAUGAACACUUGAUGCAGUUUAAGUUCUUGGGGAUCUUGAUGGGGGUCGCCAUCCGCACAAAGAAGCCUCUGGACCUCCACUUGGCCCCCCUGGUGUGGAAGCAGCUGUGCUGCGUCCCGCUCACGCUGGAAGACCUGGAGGAGGUGGAUCUGCUCUACGUGCAGACCCUCAACAGCAUUCUUCACAUUGAAGACAGUGGGAUCACCGAGGACAGUUUCCAUGAGAUGAUUCCUCUUGAUUCUUUUGUUGGCCAGAGCGCUGAUGGCAAAAUGGUCCCCAUAAUCCCUGGUGGAAACAGUAUCCCGCUCACGUUUUCCAACAGGAAGGAGUAUGUAGAGAGGGCCAUUGACUACCGGCUUCACGAGAUGGACCGGCAGGUGGCCGCCGUCCGGGAGGGCAUGUCGUGGAUCGUGCCGGUGCCGCUGCUGUCCCUGCUGACGGCGCGGCAGCUGGAGCAGAUGGUGUGCGGCAUGCCCGAGAUCUCGGUGGACGUGCUCAAGAAGGUGGUGCGCUACCGCGAGGUGGACGAGCAGCACCAGCUGGUCCAGUGGUUCUGGCUCACGCUGGACGGCUUCUCCAACGAGGAGCGCGUGCUCUUCAUGCGCUUCGUGUCGGGCCGCUCGCGCCUGCCCGCCAACACCGCCGACAUCUCGCAGCGCUUCCAGAUCAUGAAGGUCGACCGGCCCUACGACAGUCUGCCUACCUCACAGACUUGCUUCUUCCAGCUGCGGCUGCCCCCCUACUCCAGCCAGCUGGUCAUGGCUGAGCGCCUGCGCUACGCCAUCAACAACUGCCGCUCCAUCGACAUGGACAACUACAUGCUCUCAAGGAACGUGGACAACACUGAGGGCUCCGACACCGACUACUGACGCCUGGCCGCCCCGCGUCCGCGCUGACACUCGUGGUAACUGCGUAGAUGUCUUAGCAACAUAAACUGGUAUUAGAGACUGGCCACACUCAGUUCCUCUAAGUGUAACCGAGAAAUUAGAUGUUUUGAUUUUCUUUUCUGUGAUCGUACCAAAAAGAGACAAAGCACUCAGUCAGGUUUUUUCCUCCCAUGUUUUGGUCACUUUGAUAAGUUUGCAUGGAGCCAUUUUGAUGCAUUUAGUUGGGAAUGACACACCUUUUUUUUUUUUUUUUGUAAACGCACCCAGUGAACAUGGAGUUGUACAUUGUGUAUAAUUGUUCAUUAGAAAGGACAGUUUUACAUGAGUAUUCAUAUAUUUAUUUUGUUUUAAUUUGCAUUGCCUGUGCAGAGUUCCUAAUGCAGAGAAAUAAAACUGAUUCAGGAAUCGGA